UGCCAAAUGGGGCAGGGGCUUUAGAGUGCCUACACAGAGGGAACAGGGAGAGGGCCUGGGGAGCCAGCUACCGGGAGUGGAGGUGUGGUGGGGGGGCACGACUAGGACCCAUGUGUGGAGCUGGAGGCGGGUGGCCUUAUAGGUCCAACUCAGAUGGGUCCCUGGAGAGCCAAUUCCGUGACCUGGGCCCUUUGGGAGUUACAAUGGAGUUAGGGCCGCCUCAAAGCCGCCAUUGUCACUCCCUCUCCCGCCUGACUGUCUAGGACCUAAAAUAGAGCGAGAGAACAGCAGAUCUCCGUGAGAAGAAUUUCUGGCAGAGAGGUUUGGGGGGAGGGGUGUGAAUCACCACUGGGAACCCUUGAGUUUGAAGCUCGCAAAGCCCAGCUGCCCCAGCUUCACCCCCAGGGAGCCUGAAAUCCACUAGACAGUGGGGGAGUGUCUCAGUCCUACCCUGUCCCACUGUGGAGAGGGGACUGGGUUCUGGCCCCAGCUCUGCCAUGGAGGUGCUGGAGGACUGGGCCAAAUCUGCCCCCUCAGAGCUUCAGUUUCCCAGACGUACCAGAGAGCUAUCCGCUGUGAGGCCCCUGGAAUUCAUGGCAGGUGGUCCUAAUCCAGGCCUCAGGGUCAGGCAGAUACAGGAUGAAGCCCCAAUUCGUUUCCUAUUUGCUGAGGGACCUUGAACAAGUUCCCCCACUCCUGGAGCCUCAGUUUCCUCAUCUGAAAAAUGGACAUUGAAACCAAGUUCUGUUCUUUCCUGGUUUUAGCUUGAAGUGGCCAACAAGGAGCUCCUUGGGCCUCCCUCUACACCCUCAGACAGGACACUUCGUGGUGCCAGGAAUGCUAACAGUGACCCCACUUUUUAAUACCCUGUGCUUUGCAUAUUGCUUCCGGCUCUCCGCAUCCUGGAAGGCAGAGAUAAUCCGUUUCCAACCCUCUUCUUGUGAGUUCUUGGGUACUGGACACUCCUGGAGGAAAGGGGUCUUGGCUCCACAGUGGGCCCUCCAGGGCACUUACUAUGUGUCAGGCCCUGAGCUUGGCUCAAGCCUAGAGCCCUGGAGGACAGAGAUGGGUUUCUCCUUUGUGCCGAAGGGGAAACUGGAUCGUCUCAAAGACGGCUGUGGGCCUUUGGAAACUGAUGGGCACUGCGCAAGGGCUCAGGGGAGAGAUGGCGCGGUGUGUGGGGUCGGCGUGCCCUCUAGCGGCCGCUGUGCUUGCCGUCUUGCCCCGCGACCAGAGCUGCCCAAGGUUCCACUUGCAGCGGUCUGGGCAGGGAAGUCCCUUCUUAGAGCCCCCGGCAGUCCCGCCUGCUGCUGCCCCAUCUCCCAUGAGCUCAGAGCAGUGUCUCGCAUACAGUCUCCUCUCUUGGCUUCCUAGAGACUCUAUGGCGGCUGCGCGCCCCGCCCCGAUUGCCAUGGAGACCGCCGGUACACAGUUUCCCCCUUCCCCUUCCUCUGAGCCAGGGCCCGCGGGUCAGGCCAGCGCCCACCUAGGAGGGAGCCCCCGGGGGCGGGCGGCCGCGGGCCCAUGAACAGCGGGGCCCCCGGGACGCUGGCGGUGGGGAGAGUGAAAUUCUACUGCCGGCACCGCGGGGAGGUCAACUCCUCCACCUUCUCUCCGGACGGCCAGAGGCUGCUCACGGCCUCUGAGGACGGCUGUGUGUAUGGCUGGGAGACUCAGAGCGGGCGGCUGCUGUGGAAACUGGGUGGCCACACAGGUCCCGUGAAGUUCUGCCGCUUCUCCCCUGAUGGCCGCCUGUUUGCCAGCACUUCCAGUGACUGCACCAUCCGCCUGUGGGAUGUCGCAAAAGUCGAGUGUCUGCAGGUCCUAAAGGGUCACCAGCGGAGUGUGGAGACAGUCAGCUUCAGCCCUGACUCAAAGCAGCUGGCAUCAGGUGGCUGGGACAAGAGGGUGAUGCUCUGGGAAGUGCAGUCAGGCCAGGUGCUGCGCCACUUAGUGGGACACCGAGACUCCAUCCAGAGCAGUGACUUUGCACCCAGCUCAGACUGCCUGGCCACCGGCUCUUGGGAUUCCACUAUCCGCAUGUGGGACCUGCGAGGAGGGACUGGAGCCAUCUUCCACCAGGAGCUGGAGGGCCACAGGGGCAACAUCAGCUGCCUGUGCUUCUCAGCAUUUGGCCUGUUGGCAUCUGGCUCCUGGGACAAGACUAUCCACAUCUGGAAACCCUCAACCAGAAGCCUGCUUGUCCAGCUCAAGGGCCACGUCACCUGGGUGAAGAGCAUAGCUUUCUCCCCGGAUGGGCUGCAGCUGGCCAGCGCCGGCUACUCCCAUACGGUCAAAGUCUGGGACUGCAACACAGGAAGGUGCACUGAUACCCUGAAGGGAGUCCUGGAUGUGGCCCACAGCUGCGCCUUUACCCCAGAUGGGAAGCUCUUAGUGUCUGGAACUGCUGAUCAGGCAAGAUGCCAAGUCCACUGCAAAUCACCCAGAGCUGCUCAAAGAUAACAUCACAC